AUGUCGACUACCGUGCGCGACCUGGGCGACUCAGACUCGGACGGCGACCUAGAGUAUGACGAGACGGCGGUGGAAGUGGGGCCGGUGGCGGACAGCGAGGGCAAGGGGCGGGGCGCGAAGCGGCAGGCGCCCAAGCCCAAGAAGCCGGCGAAGAAGAAGAAGAAGGCGGGCGGCGCGCCACGCCUGCUCUCCCUCCGCCGCUUCCCCUCCACCCCUGCGGUCGACUUUUGCGGCGAGGAGCUCGUGGUCACCAAGCAGGAGCACCUCGCUUACCAGCAGCGCGAGGCGGGCGGCAUCGGGCGCGGCAAGGGCGGUCGACGCGUCGUCGGCGCUGCAGAGGCAGAUGGCGGAGCAGGGCGGGGCAGCCUCGUCGGCAAGAAGAAGAUGUCGACGAUGGAGAAGUCGCGGCACGACUGGGGCAACUUCAAGAGCAAGCAGGACGAGGCGACGCGCGACGAGAUGGACCGGUUCGCGAAGGACGGCUACCUCGCCAAGCAGGCGCGAGGCACUUCCUAG